GGAACAGACUGAGAAUGCAUUGACUGAUGCUGCCUCCUAUAUAAUGCCCCCUCACCCUCCCUCCCCUCCCCCCCAAUCCAUCCACCAACACCACCACCACGCUCUCUAGCUACCCACACUCUCUUUGUACAACCAUGCAGUUCCUCACCACACUCGCUACCCUCGUCGCUGCUGCCAGCGCAUACCAAGUGCUCACUCCUGCACUCAACUCGACUGUUGCAAAGGGAUCCACCAUCGACGUCAGGUACUCCUCAGUCGUCUCAGAUGCAGACUUCUUCUCCGUCUACCUCACCAACUUCCAGACCUCACACUGGCCUCCUACCGUGCUCUCCCUUGCACAGAACGUCAGGCGUGACGCUGGUGUCGUCUCUGUCCGCAUCCCUUGCGACUUGACUUCAGACUAUGGCUGGACACUCAACUUCGUCAACGGAACAAACACCUACGUGAUUUACGCACAGUCCCCCGUCUUCACAUUGACUGGUGAGUGCAAGGACCCUCUCCCAGCCCCAGCACCCGUCUUCACCAACACAUCCGGCAUCGCAUCUACCACCACUGUCAUCACAACCGUGGUCUUCCCCCAGCCUCUGCUCUGGUUUGUCCAACCCUCAGCUGUUGCCGCUGUCGCCGCUGCUCAGUGCCCAGCACCCGUCACAGUCACUGUUCAAGUCCCCGCUGCCGCCUGCACACCUGGCGCUGCCGUUGUUCCUGCACCUGCUGCUGCCCCUGUCGCUGGUGUGCCCGCUGCCGUUGUUGUUGCUAGGCCAGCAGCUGUAUCUGGUGCUGCUGGUGCCGCUGUCGUUGCUGUUGCCUCAGGUGCCGGUGCUGCUGCCGCUCGUGCCUCUGGCUCGGCUGCUGCCCUCCCCAUCUACACUCUGCCUGCGUCAAAGAACGGUGCUUCAGCUGCUGCUGUCGGUGCUGGUGCCGGUGUGGUGGCUCUUGCUGCGCUUCUGCUCUAAGCAAGCGAGUGUCUUUGUAUUCCAUAAGACCUUGUAUAUGCAAAAAUUGUUGUUGAAUUGGUUGUGCCUUGGCAUCUGAAGUAAGAUCCCUCUGGUUGUGUCUUUGUGUACUUUGCGACAUUGACACGCGCAACGACACUCCACAUAAGACAAACCCGAUGAAUCGCAUCUUUGGCACACGGAAUAAAGCUGCGACGCCAUCACUGGCAGAUGCCAUUACAGCCACAGAUGCACGCGCCGGUGCCAUACAAGUCAAGAUUGCGAAAUGCGACGUUGAACUCGCUGCACACCAGCAAAAGAUUAGUCGCCUUCGUGGUGCUGCGCAAGAGGCUGCCAAACGGCGCGCCUUGGGUGUAUUACGACAAAAGAAGCAGUAUGAACAACAACUCGAUCAACUCAUGCAGCAAUCCUUCAAUAUGGAGCAAGCCAAUUUAACGACGGAGA